CAAAAGCGCGUUGGCCUUGAAAAGCGAUAAUUUUGGAGCUGUAGAGAAAAUGUCCAGCAUUAUAAUGGAGGCAAAAACUCUCAAAUUUCAGUUGUUUUUAUCUGCUAUUCUCUUGAAUACGAUAUUUCUUUGUACUGCGCCCACACAAGGAACAAGUUGUGAGGAUACAUCUAUUGGUAUUGAGGCCAGAGGUAUCAUUCCAGAUAGUAGCUUCACUGCAUCGUCCACAUAUGAUUACAGAUACAAGCCAUAUUUUGCGAGAAUCGGUGACACCCGUGGACAUGGGUGGGAUCAAGGUGACCCACAGAAUGACAACUACCAAUAUCUACAAAUUGAUCUUGGAUUUGAUUACUUUGUGUGCGCCAUUGCUACAAAGGCAGGCAGGAUCGGAGGAUGGGGAGAAUAUGUUAAAACUUACAAGAUAACCAUGUCAAAUGACAAACAAAAGUGGACACCUUACAAAGAGGAUGGUAGAGAUAAGGUAAGCUAUCAGAAGUUCAUAAUGGGAUUAAAACCUGUAACCACUCAGGCCCGUAGGCUUAGGGGGUUCGGGGGGUUCGCAUGAUCCCCCCACAAA